AUGCAGAGAAUUGGGAUCAGGUUUGACAAAGAUGCCAACAUGGAACCUCACCACUUAACUGAGUAUGCCAGAGAGGAACUUGAGCUCAGAGGUGCAGAGUCUAGGUUUUUCUACUCUACUCCUUAUGGAGGUGGGGAAUAUGAGGUGAGGGAUGGAAAUGUACACUUCCCAGCCACCAGGAAGUGUGGAUGUGGGGUAUGGCAGGUCUCUGGAAUCCCUUGCAAACAUGGUUUGCGGGUGAUUUACAAGCAGAGACUUAGCCCUGAAGAUUUUGUGUCUGGGUAUUUCAAGGGUGCUGCCUAUAAACAGACACAUGCAGAGCAUAUGCACCAAAUGCCUGACCCCACUCAGUUUCCUAAGUACUCCCUUCCCACCAUUAAUCCACCUGGGAUCAAGAGGAGUGCUGGAAGACCCCCUAAACAGAGAAAGAGGGGUGCCAUGGAAGCUAAGAAAAGGAAGAGGCAUAGUUCAGUCAAGUGUGGCAAGUGA